AUGAAUAGCUUUCCAUUCAAAAUCGGCUAUGACUGUGCCGGUGUAAUCACAGAGGUUGGAUCGGAGGUAACCCGGUUUCAAGUGGGAGCUGAAGUCUAUACUAGACUACCGGAGAGGUCUCGAGGAUCUUGCAGUGAAUUUGUCAUAUGUGCAGAGAAAUACGUUGCCUUGAAGCCACCAUCAUUGUCAUUCGAGGAUGCAGCUUCAAUCCCUCUGGCAGCAAUGACUGCACUUCAAGCACUCAGAAAAUACAAAGGAGAUCUAGCUGGGAAGACUGUCUUUGUGCCCGCCGGUCUAAUUGACUACACGAAAUUGGACCCAAGAAAGGUCAUUGAGUCUGGCUCAGUGGACUUCCUCUUCGAUACAGUCGGUUUGGCAAUGGAGUAUCUUUGCCUAAUGAAAGGACAAUCGGGGUGUAUUGUGUCGGUUGCGACCAUGCCCUCUGGCAAUCAGCUCCAGAAAUCUUCAAUUAGUGAUCUUCCCCCAAAUAGUGGCAUUCCCGUUGCUCUGCGAAUGGGACUUAAUGCUUUCGAUUGUGUCCGUAAACUGAGGGCUUGGCGAUAUGGUGUUGAGUAUGCAUAUAUGUUUCUGGAAUCGAGUGGUCAAGAUCUGGACGAGUUGAGAAGUCAUGUUGAGGAACACAGGCUGAGAACGGUGGUUGGAAAAACUGUUGAGCUUUCCGACAUUGAAGCGGUGCGAUCAGCAUGCCAGACUGUUUACAAUGGGAAGGGAGGUCUCGGAAAGGUGGUUCUCAAAGUUGCCAAUUCGUAG